CGAUUCCCCAUCUCAAGUUCUCUCUCUCCUCUGAGGUGGUGAGAGGAAAUGGCUGCUCCCUUGUCUUCCUGGCCUUGGGGAUACUUGGGUGCCUACAAGUAUCUCUUAUAUGGGCCUCUUGUAACCAAGGCUCUGUAUUCAUGGGGCAAUGGAACAUCAAAUAAUUGGUGUCUUCACCUUCUAAUCCUCUCCGGCCUCAGGGGGCUCAUAUACCUCCUCUGGACCUCCUUCAGCAACAUGCUCUUCCUCACUUGGAGGCGGCGAGUGAUCCUAGACGGCAUCGACUUCAAGCAAAUCGACAAGGAGUCGAACUGGGACAAUUUCCUUAUCCUCCAAGUUCUCAUUGGAGCCAUGGCAUUUUGCUUUGUCCCAUCUUUACGAGACCUCCCAUUCUGGGACUUCAGAGGGUGCAUUGUUGCUUUGUUAUUCCAUGUGGGGCUCUCAGAGCCCUUGUUCUAUUGGGUGCAUAGGUGCUUCCACACAGGCUAUCUCUUCGCCAACUACCACUCAUUACACCAUUCCUCUAUGGUGCCCCAGCCCUUCACAGCUUUGUGGCUUACUGUCUUUUUCUCCCUUUGGCCAAGCUGGAUUGGGUACUCCUUUGGAGCACCUAAUGCUUUGUGUGGUGAUGGGUGCCCCACUUCUUGGAGCCUUCUUAAUGGGAUCCGGCUCUGUUUGCUUGAUGUAUGGCUACAUUCUCGUCUUCGACUCCCUGAGGUGCAUGGGGUACAGCAAUGUGGAGGUGUUCUCUCAUGGCUUGUUUGAGGCCCUUCCUUUUCUCAGAUACCUGAUUUACACCCCUACAUACCACAGCUUACAUCACAUAGAAAAGACCUCCAAUUUCUGCCUUUUCAUGCCUAUUUUUGAUGUGUUUGGAAGAACACUCAGUAGCAAGUCAUGGGAGUUGCAGAAGGAGAUAAGCUCAGGAAAAAGUAAGCAGGUCCCUGACUUUGUCUUCCUCGCCCAUGUCAUUGAUGUGAAAUCUUCCAUGCAUGCACCCUUUAUAUCUCGAUCAGCUAGCUCAGAACCACUUGUCACCAAGCUUUUCAUGUUGCCACUGUGGCCUGUUUUUUUUUUAAUAAUGCUCUUAAUGUGGGCUUGGUCUAAGACCUUCUUGGUCACCUUCUACAACCUGAGGGGCCGACUUCACCAAACAUGGGUAGUCCCAAGAUAUGGGUUUCAGUAUUUCUUGCCACCUGCUAAAAAUGGCAUCAAUGACCAGAUCGAGCUAGCAAUCUUGAGGGCAGACAAGAUGGGAGUCAAGGUCCUCAGCCUUGCAGCAUUGAAUAAGAAUGAAGCACUCAACGGGGGAGGAACACUAUUCGUAAACAAACACCCAAAUCUAAAAGUGAGAGUUGUCCAUGGAAACACCUUGACAGCAGCUGUGAUCCUUAAUAAAAUUCCAAAGGAUGUGACAGAAGUUUUCUUGACGGGGGCUACAUCUAAGCUUGGACGAGCAAUUGCACUGUACCUUUGCAGGAAAAAGAUUCGAGUCUUGAUGCUCACACUGUCACCUGAAAGAUUCCUGAAAAUUCAAAAGGAAGCCUCUCCAGAGUGUCAACACUAUCUUGUGCAGGUCACCAAGUGCGAAGCAGCGCAAAACUGCAAGACAUGGAUAGUGGGCAAGUGGCUGUCGGCAAGGGAGCAGCGUUGUGCGCCGUCAGGCACACACUUCCACCAAUUUGUCGUCCCUCCAAUCAUUAACUUCAGAAAAGACUGCACCUACGGGAAGCUGGCGGCCAUGAGGCUUCCCCAGGAUGUCCAAGGCCUGGGAACGUGUGAGCACGCAAUGGAGCGAGGUGUGGUGCAUGCCUGUCAUUCUGGAGGUGUGGUCCAUUGCUUGGAAGGCUGGAGCCAUCACGAGGUCGGCGCCAUCGAUGUGGAUCAGAUCGAUGUUGUGUGGAGAGCUGCAAUGAAGCAUGGGCUAACACCUGUUUGAGCACAUCCAUCUUUCUCACCUUCAUUUGCUCAAAGAAAAGAUAUAGAAAUAAAAUGAAGAAGAAGAAGAAGAAGAAGAAAGAAACCACUUGCUCUGCUUCUUUUUUCUUAUUGUUAUAUAUAUAUA